UAGGGGGUGAUGCGACGUUUACCCCGGUUGUAUGUGUAGAAUUGGUUUCCGUGUGUCAUGAGUUGCGCUGUUAACGGGGACCGGAGAAGUGGACAGAGCAUGCGAGUGGCUAGUCCGGUGCCAGUGUUGGUGGCCGUGCUCAUUCUGCUCACCUCAGGAGAACAGACGAAUACCGAGGCCGUUCAGCCCCAGAAAGCGCAGGCUGAGCAGAGCUGCGGCUGCCAUGUAACUGGUGUCUUGGACGACUGCUUCUGUGAUGUCGAAAGCAUUGAUGCCUUUAACAACUACAAGAUUUUUCCAAAGCUGCAGAGACUGCAAGAGCGGGACUACUUUAGAUAUUAUAAAGUUAAUUUGAAGAGGCCAUGCCCCUUCUGGCCAGUUGACGGCCACUGUUCCAUUAAAGAUUGUCAUGUGGAGCCAUGUCCAGAGAGUAAAGUUCCAGUUGGGAUUAAGUCAGGGAAUUAUAACAAAUACUCAGCAGAGGCUAACGGUGAAGAUCUCGAAGCCUGUGAACAAGCCAAUGAACUUGGAGCAGUGAAUAGUACUUUAAGUAACCAAAGUCAAAAAGCUUUCAUUGAUUGGGCAAGAUAUGAUGAUGCACAAGAUCAUUUUUGCGAGAUUGAUGAUGAACUAGCUCCUGAUGCCCAGUAUGUGGACCUUUUGUUAAAUCCGGAACGAUACACAGGAUAUAAAGGGCCCUCGGCUUGGAGAAUAUGGAACAGCAUCUAUGAAGAAAACUGCUUCAAGCCUCGCUCUGUCUAUCGUCCUUUAAAUCCGCUAGCACCAAAUAUAGGUGGAGAAAAUGGAGAAUCUUUCUACGAGUGGCUUGAAGGCCUUUGCUUAGAGAAAAGAGUAUUUUACCGUCUUAUAUCUGGACUUCAUGCCAGCAUCAAUUUGCAUCUCUCUGCUAAGUAUCUUCUUGAGGGUACAUGGGGCAAACCACAUUGGGGGCCAAAUGUAAAGGAAUUUACACAACGAUUUGAUCCAGUAGAAACCAAAGGGGAAGGUCCGCGAAGGUUGAAAAACUUGUACUUCUUGUAUUUGAUUGAACUUCGUGCAUUGUCAAAGGUUGCCACUUACUUUGAGAGAUCGUUUGUUGACCUCUACACAGGGAACUUGGAAGAAGAUGUAGAGACUAAGAAUCUGUUGCUGGAUAUCUUUAAAGACAUGCAGUCUUUCCCAAUGCAUUUUGAUGAGAAGUCCAUGUUUGCUGGGAAUAAAAAAGAAGCCAAAUCAUUAAAGGAGGAAUUUCGCUUGCAUUUUAAAAACAUAUCACGGAUAAUGGACUGUGUUGGCUGCGAUAAGUGCAGAUUAUGGGGCAAGCUUCAGACCCAAGGUUUGGGAACUGCACUAAAAAUAUUGUUUUCGGAGAAAGAGAUCCAAAGCCUCCCAGAAAAGAGCCCAUCGAAAGGAUUCCAGUUAUCCCGACAGGAAAUAGUUGCACUGAUAAAUGCCUUUGGAAGGCUUGCAACAAGUAUUAAAGAGCUGCAGACUUUCAAUGAGUUGUUACGUGAUAAUAGGUAAUGGGAGGUGUAUCUUCUUCCAUUUCAUUUGCUCUCGCCAUACUCUGCAGAGAAGUGCAGCACAAUAACAAGAAUUCUGUAAAGAAACUUUCAUCCUUUUGGACUAUUUAUUUGGUUUCGUUUGUUUUAAUUUGUGAAAGAAAACUGUAGAUUACAGAAAUAUUUCACACUUUUA